AUGCAAGGCUAUGCUAGCUUUAAUAUUGCCGCCAGCCACGUCUACGAGGGCUUUCACUGUUCAGCUGGGCUGAUCCACUCGGCAACUCGUCUCAAUCGCGUCACUCUGCCCAACAUCAGCCCCGUUCGCAGCCCAUUCAUCCUCCAGCGCAGUCAGACCACGCUGACCUGCAGAGUAGAGUCCCAUCGGGGGGAUGAGGCAAGCCACCGACUCCCGGACGGUCGGCGAGCUCUAGUGGAGGUGAGAAGCAUCCGUGGCGCCUGCAACGAGGAGCGGCGUCUCCUGCAGACCGACAUUGUCGCCUUAAAUGGCGUAAUCCACAUCAUUGAGGAGCCAUUGGUACCUCUGGAAGGUAGGUUCAAGAACUUGCCUUAG